AUGCUUCCAGCCGCUAGUGCUGCAGCAGCUUUAGCACAGCUACACAAUCAUAAAUUGGAUAAUGGAUGGGAAUCGGAACCGGAUUGGAUGUCUGAUAAUGAAGCUCACAAACAAGCAAUGCGAGCUUCUAUAGAGCUUCCUCCAAUUCAUUCCAACAAACUCGAGCCAACUAGCGAUCCAUUCUCUCAUUUCAAUGUUCAUCGUCGCAGAGAUCUUCUCCCUUCAAUAUUAUCGCCACCAGGACGAUCAUCCACUCUUCCUCCGCUUCAAAGAAAUCCAAGCACGGGUCGUCCUCGAAAACAAUCAGUGUCAAAGCGUGCUCGAGAGCCACAACAUAGGAGGCAAAAAUCUCGUGGUGAACAUACUCAUCUGCGACGUUUAAGUCAUGAUCGUAAAGCUCAAUCUGCUGAACCUUCGUUUUAUGGAAAAAGAUGGGAAGAUUUGAUUGAUGCAGCAACAUCAGCCACAGAAGAUGCAGAUGAUGAUAGAACAACGAUCCCUCCAUCCCCAGUUUCAGUCAAUCGUGCAUCAAUGCCCCCCUUUUCUGCACCACAAUUUCAAGGAUAUCAGGCUUCACCUUUACAACAAGCACUUACUCCACCAUCUUAUUUAGCUGAAGCUCCAGAACCUUUUCCAUCAGUGGAAAGUGGUGGAAGUGGUGAUAAUUUCAAUAUUGGUUCACAAGCGCUUUCGAAUUCAUCACCAAGCUUUUCGGCAAUAAAUAUACAAAUUUAUUGUGCUGCUUGUCAAAACGUUUCUUUCUUGAAAGAAUCUUACGCUUGUACAGAAUGUAUAUGUGGUUUAUGCCAACCAUGUGUCGAAGUCCUCAUGGCGGAGCAGGGAGCACGUAGAAAAUGUCCAAGAUGUGCGACCAUAGGGGGAAGAUUUAAACCUUUUCAAUUGGAUAUUCGUUAA